GCUUACUUCGCCCCUCCUAAGUGCCUCUUCCGAUGUUUACAAACGCAGCAUUCUAUUUUCUAGCGAGAGAAGAGAAGUGUCUUCCUGCUGGAACACUGGAGCUUAGUAAGAACAGCACAGCUACAGAUGAGCUUUACACGGCGGAUCCUGGACGCCGUCUGGUUCACACGUCGUUCGUCUCCCACAAGCUGCCGGAGGUUUUGUACUUCACAGCCUGUAAUGGCGUCAAGGCACACUCACGCUAAGAGAAUUGAGGGACUGGACAAAAAUGUUUGGGUGGCGUUCACGUCAGUAGCAGCCGACCCAUCCAUCGUCAACCUCGGCCAGGGCUUUCCAGACAUCCCCCCGCCUUCUUACGUCAAGGAGGCUUUGGCGAAGGCCGCGUCAGUGGACCGCAUGAACCAGUACACCAGAGGAUUUGGUCACCCAUCCUUAGUGAAGGCCCUUUCUCAGGUGUAUGGGAAGGUUUACGGUCGCCAGGUUGACCCUCUUAAAGAAAUCCUGGUCACAGUCGGGGGUUAUGGUUCCUUAUUUAGCACCAUGCAGGGCCUGGUGGAUGAAGGAGACGAGGUGAUCAUAGUGGAACCUUUCUUUGAUUGCUACUUGCCGAUGGUCAGAAUGGCCGGAGCCAAGCCUGUGUUGAUCCCAUUACGGCCUAAACCUGGGAAGAAGACAGACUCAAGUGGCGACUGGUAUCUCGACCCAGACGAGCUCUCUGCAAAGUUCAGCUCCAAGACGAAAGCAAUCAUCAUCAAUACCCCCAACAAUCCUAUAGGGAAGGUUUUUACCAGAGGCGAGCUGCAGGUGAUCGCAGACCUCUGCAUCAAACACGACGCGCUGUGCUUCAGCGACGAGGUUUACGAGUGGCUCGUCUAUAAGGGACACCAGCACGUCAAGAUCGCCACUCUGCCUGGAAUGUGGGACAGAACGAUAACCAUCGGCAGUGCAGGGAAAACCUUUAGUGUUACCGGCUGGAAGCUGGGUUGGUCAAUAGGACCUGAGCACUUGAUAAAACACCUGCAGACCGUCAUGCAGAACACGCUGUACACCUGCCCUACACCUCUACAGGAGGCAGUGGCUCAGGGUUUGCUGCUGAACUACAAGCUGAUGGGUCAGCCCGACUGUUAUUUCUCUUCACUGGCUGAGGAACUGGAGGGGAAGAGGGACCGACUGGCCGCCAUCCUGCAGGAGGCCGGGAUGACUCCGAUCAUCCCAGAGGGAGGCUACUUCAUGCUGGUAGACGUCACGCCUCUCAAUCAGGACCUGUCCCACAUGGGCGACGACGAAGCCUACGACUACAAGUUUGUUAAGUGGAUGAUUAAAGAAAAGAAAUUAGCUGCUAUUCCUGUCACAGCGUUCGUCGGAGAGGAUUCCAAGGAGCAGUUUGAGAAAUAUAUUCGCCUGUGCUUCAUAAAGGAAGCCAGCACUCUGGAAGCAGCAGGGAACAUCUUAAAAAACUGGGGGAAAGUUUAGCAGGAUGUAGAGUUUGAACAAAUGGGAAUUAACCGGAAAUAAGAAUAUUUUUAUAGGGGCAGGAUUAUGUAAAAUCAAGUUUGCAUCAUGGUGUUAUGUUAUUCAAUCAUGAAAGACACACUUGGAGUGUUGCUUUGAUUUGUUCAUGAGUGUUAUUUUUUGUUUUGUUUUGAGUGCCUAGAAAGAGCAGAAGCUUCUUAAAGAGACAGAGGCACGAAUUCAAGGUGCCAAAUUGCAAAGUAAAUUUUUUUAAGGUACAUUUCAACACACACACACACAUAUACAUGGCAUUUUUAUAACAACUGAAGAUAACAUAGUUACUUAAUUCUGCUGUAAAAUGACACUAUAUGUCUGGAAAAUACAUAAUACUGUCACUUAAAUACCCUGGAAUGCAAAAACAAAUGUAGUAAAAAUCUCCUGUUCUGAAAUAUUGAAUGUCAUUUAUUUACCAAAUAACUGUAGAGAAGAAAAAAUAAAUGCACUGAAGAACCACCAGGAAUUCUGAAGAACCAUCCCCAACACUGUUACCGUUUUAACAUUUUUGUCACCUUCAUGUUGCUUCAAGCUAAUUGCCAUAUUAGUAAAAAAAUACUCUUAACUACAAUGACAUCAAAAUACUGUGUGUCUUUUUUUAAAAUUCAUUUUAGUUUCACUGUGAUUACUGUCAGACCUGUUGGGUUAAGAGAUGUAUAAAGUUGAACUUUUCUGACAACGUAAAGUAGGCUUUCAAACUGAAUGGCCGACCUCAGUUCAUGACUUAAACUCAGGAGAUUAAAUGUAAAAAAAAAAAAAAAAAGAUAAAUAGUGGCAUCACCAGUUACUAGGUUCAGGGGCAAAUAACUUUCUCUCAGGGGCAGGUUGCUUUGGGUAACAUUUUUCUCACUUGUGGCAGGACUAGGAAAACAAUAGUCACAGUCUGAGUUUUUGCGAAGCUGGUUGAGACGUGCAGCUGUAAAUGCAGUAAAAUGUGGUUGUCACUUGAAAAAUGUUAAGAAAAAAACUGUUCAUAGAAUGUUAGCAGAGUGCUGUAAGUUGGAUUCUUAAUUAUCUUUCUCUAAGCAGUUUUAUUGUAAGCUGCAGAGCUUGUUUUCCACUGACAUUUGACUUGAAGGCAUGAAAAUUGCUCAUUUUAGAGGCCCAGUAAACCUUCAACAUGAACCAGUAGGAAACUCUGCAUUACAAGGCAUGCGGCCAUUUAAAAGUUGGCUGUUAAAAAGAAAAAGGUACAUUAGCCCAAAGGGUAAAAAAUAGUUUAAGGAUUGGUGUAGAAAACAGCAACAAGAUUUUAAAAGCUAGUAGUGCAUGAAAUGUUGACAAGGCUAAAGGUGAAGAUAAAAAGGUCCAUAAUUAAAAUUCUAAAUGUCCUGACCAAAAGCUAAAAGUGGAGGCAUAAUUAUUUAAAAGAUUAAUAAGGGCUUCAAAAACUGGUUGGUGGGGAAAAAAAACUGAAAAAAAAAUUGAAAUAAAAAUCACUGAUAUGGUUAAAUAGGAGAGGUAACUGAUAAAAGAGCUAAUUAUACAAAUAAAAGCAUAUCUUAUACACCCAACUAUAUAAAUAAGCCAGACUAGGAAAUAUAUUGUAAAGCUAAAUCAUGUUUUCACAGUGUCAAAAGUGCAGCUUUUGACACUGUUGACCAUGACAUAUUACUGAAUCGACUGGAGAGUUGGGUCGGACUCUCCGGUCCAGUGCUUAACUGGUUUGAAUCGUACAUAAAGAACAGGGAUUUCU